CGUGUAACUGAGGUAAUUGGAUAUUCCCUUUAAUUCUUUUUAACAAACUGAGAGAUGGCGGCUGUUUGUAGAUAUUAGUUUAUGCAAAUUCUCACACAGAUGAUGUACAAUAUCAGUGUUUGAAUAUCUAUUUGAAAGAUCUGUAUGCUUAAGGUCGAUUUUACACUACUUUUGGUAUUACUCUUUAAUAUUUCUACUUUUUAGGCAUUACUUUUCAUCCACUACUGUUUCCCCUUGAAUUUCUUCAAUUAGUAAUACAGUUAACACUGCAGUAACACCUGUCUGUGUUAACAUGAAAGAGAGGUGUGACUUCUACAAGUACUCGCCUGUAUAGUCAUCGUGAUCGUGAGAACCGUAAUAACUGCUUACAUUAUAUUUGCUUUCAUACUUUUUACUCGUUGCCCCAUCAACAAUCUCACUGAGAAUGGCAGCUGUUACAGAUCACUGAAUUGACUUUCCCUCAGUUCUGACAUUUCAGUCAUUACAGAAACUGUAUGAAGAGGGAUGGAUCCUGUUGAGGAGGGUCUGGUCAGCUGGUUAUCAGGUUGUUCUUCCUCACUUCUGAUUAGCAUUGUGUCAGCCCUCUUCAUCAUCAUUUAUGUCACAGUCUACAGCCUUUGUACAAGCUGUUUCAGUAUAUCUGAAAGUGUUUCACCCAGGCAUUUGCACAGACGAGAGAAAACAAAUAUUCCAUCUGCACCCCAACAAAAUAAACUACCUGAGUCCCAGAGUGUUGAAUAUAUGCCAGAUGCCAGGGAUCUGACUGAUCAUAUAUACUCACCCGUGGAGGCUCAACUGAAUGAGGAAAAUCCUUAUGAGUGCAUUAGUGAGCCUCCAUUACAGCCUCCAUCUGACAAAGCUGAAGGGGAGAAUGAGAGCCCUUCCCCAGCAAUGACAAAGCCUGAUCAUAAUCACUCUGUCUCAGCCCCCAACGAACCAGUAAACAAGCAGGCAGCGGAGCAGCCUGAUGCUUUACCUCAAAAUCUGACCAACUCUGAACUGACUGCUGUCUAUGCUGCAGUGAACUGGAAAACCAAGAGUCAGAAGAACAUAGCACCUCUGUUUGAUACGGAUACUGUGGUUGAUAUGAGUGAUAUUGCUAGGGAGGCUGUCCCUCCUAUUCCUGACAAACAUUUCUAGUAUGAGAGAAUUUUAAUUUAAAAUACAUUAUUUGUAUUUAUUCAGAUUUUGCAAGCCUUAAAACAAACUUGCAACACAAACAUGUCAUUAAAAAUAAAUAUUUAGUAUUUAUUUGAGUUUUUUUUAUCAUGUGAACUAUAAUAUGUCUAUUCAUUGCCAUAACUUCAUAUAAAACUAUAAAGGAAUCCAACCAUGUCUGGGUUAUUGUAGGUCAGUGUGAGUCACAUGACACAAUGCCUCGAGCCAAUGCCCAGACUGGAUUCAGAGACUGAAACCCAACAUGCUUGUGCUGUCCAGACCUAAAAUCCCCUUUGGAGGAUGAAGACCGUCGGGGCACGGCCGCCGACAGAAGAAAGCUUAUAAUCCCCAGACAUCAUUACAUGAUUAAUGCUUUCUUCUAAAUGUCUGUUUGCAAAUACACAAUGCUGAAUAUGUAGGAAAUAGACCAAAUGAUGUAGGUGAAAGGUGACAUGCCAAUGGACCGCUCUGGAAACUGAAAAAUCUGUCUAUUCACACACACACACACACACACA